GCUGGGGCUGAUUCAAGAAAAGGCCAACUAAGAAGCCAAGAAGUCCACAGUUUACUAUGAUCAAGAACAAGACUGGGAGCCUAGUAAGCAAGAAACAUAAGCCUUUGAGAUGCUUCCAUUCACUGGAAAAACUAUCACGUUUGAUAGCUUUCCUGAUCCUUCAGAUACAUGGGAAAUCACUGAAACAAUCGGCAAAGGAACUUACGGGAAAGUUUUUAAAGUGUUGAACAAGAAAAAUGGCCAAAAAGCAGCUGUUAAAAUCCUGGACCCAGUCCACGAUAUUGAUGAAGAGAUAGAAGCAGAAUAUCACAUCUUGAAAGCCCUCUCUGAUCACCCCAAUGUAGUCAAGUUCUACGGGAUGUACUUCAAGAAGGACAAAAAGAAUGGCGACAAGCUCUGGUUGGUUCUUGAGCUGUGCAAUGGAGGAUCGGUGACUGAUCUUGUAAAAGGACUUUUGAAGAGAGGAGAAAGAAUGAGUGAACUUAUUAUUGCCUAUAUUUUACAUGAAGCACUAAUGGGGCUACAGCACUUGCACAACAACAAUACUAUCCACAGGGACGUGAAAGGCAAUAAUAUCCUCUUGACCACUGAAGGCGGAGUUAAGCUAGUGGAUUUUGGUGUGUCAGCCCAGCUAACCAGUACUCGGCAUCGUCGGAACACAUCUGUAGGAACACCAUUUUGGAUGGCUCCUGAGGUCAUUGCAUGUGAACAGCAGCUGGAUAGCACCUAUGAUGCCAGGUGCGAUGCAUGGUCAUUGGGCAUUACCGCUAUCGAGUUAGGAGAUGGAGACCCGCCUUUUGCUGAUCUGCACCCUAUGAGAGCACUAUUCAAAAUACCAAGAAGUCCACCUCCAACUCUAAGACAACCAGAACUGUGGACAGCAGAAUUUAAUGACUUUAUUAACAAGUGCUUGACUAAAGAUUAUGAGAAGCGGCCAACCGUGUCUGAUCUUUUGCAGCAUGAAUUCAUUACCCAAAUUGAGGGCAAAGAUGUGAUGUUACAGAAACAACUUACGGAAUUCAUUGAAGCUCACCAGCAACUGGGAGUCACUGAAAGGGCCAGACAUGAGCGUAUUCAUACCAAGAAAAGUAUCUACAGUAAAGCUUCAGUGUCCUCUCCAAAGGAUGUGGAUGAUUUAGCUACUCUUGAAGUCUUGGAUGAGAAGACAGUGUCAGAACAGCUUCAGAAAUGCUAUUCCCGUGAUCAGAUCUACAUCUAUGUUGGAGAUAUACUCAUUGCAAUUAACCCAUUUCAGAAUUUGGACCUUUAUUCCACAAAGCAUUCAAAACUCUACAUUGGAGCAAAGCGAACUGCCAACCCUCCCCACAUCUUCGCAGUGGCAGACUUAGGCUAUCAAUCCAUGGUGACAUAUAAUUCAGAUCAGUGUAUUGUCAUUUCUGGAGAAAGUGGGUCUGGAAAGACUGAAAGUGCCCAUCUCUUAGUGCAGCAACUAACUGUGCUUGGAAAGGCUAAUAACAGAACUCUACAGGAAAAGAUUCUCCAAGUGAACAAUCUGGUGGAAGCUUUUGGCAAUGCCUGUACUAUUAUUAAUGAUAAUUCAAGUCGUUUUGGAAAAUAUUUAGAAAUGAAUUUCACCUCCGCUGGAGUUGUGAUAGGAGCUCAAAUUUCAGAAUAUUUACUUGAAAAGUCCAGAGUUAUCCACCAAGCUGUUGGAGAGAAAAAUUUCCAUAUUUUUUAUUACAUCUAUGCGGGUUUGGCUGAAAAGAAAAAACUGGCCCAUUACAAAUUGCCUGAAAAUAAACCUCCCAGGUACCUCCAAAAUGAACAUCUCAGAAUGCAGCAGGACUUGUUGAACAAUAGUUUCUAUAAGUCCCAAUUUGAAUUAAUUGAACAAUGCUUCAAAGUGAUAGGCUUCACAAUGGAGGAACUUGGAAGUGUAUACAGCAUUCUAGCAGCCAUUUUAAAUGUGGGUAAUAUUGAAUUUUUGUCUGUGGCAACUGAGCACCAGAUGGACAAAAGCAACAUUGCCAACCCAGCAGCACUUGAGAACUCUGCUGCUCUGCUUUUCAUUCAGGCAGAUGAGCUACAAGAAGCUCUCACCUCCCACUGUGUGGUGACUCGAGGAGAAACAAUUAUUCGUCCUAAUACCAUGGAAAAGGCUAAUGACGUCAGAGACGCCACAGCAAAGACACUCUACGGUCGACUCUUCAGUUGGAUCGUCAAUCGCAUUAACAGUUUACUGAAGCAUGACGCAUCACAAAGUGGGACUGAUGGUGAGCUGAAUAUUGGCAUCCUAGACAUCUUUGGCUUUGAAAACUUCAGAAAAAAUUCCUUUGAGCAGCUAUGCAUUAAUAUUGCAAAUGAACAGAUUCAAUUCUACUUCAAUCAACAUGUGUUUGCAUGGGAACAGAAUGAAUACCUAAAUGAAGAUGUUGAUGCUAGAGUUAUUGAAUAUGAAGAUAAUCGACCUAUCUUAGAUAUGUUUCUGGAGAAACCAAUGGGUUUGCUCUCUCUACUUGAUGAAGAAAGUCGAUUCCCUAGAGCCACUGAUCAGACCCUUGUUGAAAAAUUUGAGGAUAACUUGAAAUCAAAGUACUUCUGGAGGGCCAAAAGACUGGAACUCACUUUUGGAAUUCAUCAUUAUGCAGGAAAGGUCCUUUAUCAUGCAAGUGGGUUCUUGGCUAAAAACAGGGAUACCCUUCCAACUGACAUAGUGCUGCUCCUGAGGUCAUCAGAAAACCACGUCAUUCGACAGCUGGUAAAUCAUCCUCUUACCAAAACAGGUAAUCUGCCAUAUUCUAAAAAUAAAAAUGUAAUAAACUAUCAACUAAGGACCUCAGAAAGAUCAAUCAACCUAUCAAAGGGAGAAAAUGGAGAAUCUACAUAUCUUGCAAGAGAGACAACCAACAUGAAAACACAGACUGUUGCAUCCUAUUUCAGAUAUUCCCUGAUGGAUUUAUUAUCGAAGAUGGUGGUUGGUCAGCCUCACUUCGUUCGUUGCAUCAAACCAAAUAACGAUCGCCAGGCCAGGAAAUUUGAUGAGGAGAAAGUUAUGUUACAGUUGCGCUACACGGGAAUUUUGGAAACAGCGAGGAUUCGGAGACAGGGUUAUUCCCAUCGUAUACUUUUUGCCAACUUCAUAAAGCGGUACUAUAUCCUCUGCUUCAAAUCAAGUGAGGAACCUCCAGUAAACCCUGAAACCUGUGCUGCCAUCUUAGAACAAGCUGGUCUUGAUAACUGGGCUCUUGGAAAAACCAAAGUGUUCCUUAAAUAUUAUCAUGUGGAAGAGUUGAAUUUAAUGAGAAAGGAAAAAGUUGACAAGAUCAUAUUGAUACAGGCCUGUGUCAGAGGAUUCUUGGGUUCAAAGAGGUAUAAAAAAUUACAGGAGAAAAGGAAAGAGAGCGCUACUAAGAUCCAGUCAGUUGCACGAGGGCAUCUGGUUAGGAAACAAAGGAAAGAGAUGGCUGAAAAGAGAGAAAAAGAAGUCACAACUCUCCAGAUUCAUGACCAGGAAUUUGAAAGAAAGUUCAGCUUUGAAAGGAAAAGGGACUUCCUUGUGGAGAAAGAAUACUCUAAAAAUGUGGUUCCUGCUAAUGAUACAUUCAAUCAAUCUUAUAAAGGAAGUGUAUCGGUUAUGAAAGCAUCUAGUUUUAAGGCUAAAGAGGAGGACAUCAAUGGCAUUCGAAAUAACUACAGAGAACAUCAAAUAAACCAUAUACGUGGGAAAGAACUUCAGCAAGAAUUGGCUCCAAUGGAAGGCUUGAACCCAAAAGUAAGCCUGGAACCAUUUGGUAGAAAGGAGUGGGAAGAUGUAACUAAGAUAGAGACCACCGAGAAAGAUACUGUUGUGAUGCAGAGGAACCACCAGGGCUACAAUGAAGAAAAUAAUUUUGAGGAACUAAAAAUAGCAUAUUCUGAUGGGAAAAGCAUGUCAGAAAAGCCAAACUAUAUGGGAUAUCAAUUCCAAGAGCGUGGCGCCCGCCAGGGUUCAUUUAAAAAACCAUUGGAAGCUAGUCUCAGUUUAAGGUAUCAAAGUGAAGAUAGUAAAAAGAAAGAAAGAAGAUCAUCUUCCUUUAUCCAGAAUCAUUCAAAGCAUGGCCAGGAGAAAAGCCAUCUGAAACAUGAAGGAAUAAUUCCCAGAGGUAGGAAGGCAGAAAUAAAACAAGAGUCUGUCAAAGAGAAAGAAAAACAAGUUGAGCAGAAGAGACAAGACUUGGAAGAAGAUAAAGCCGCAGUGUUCAUUCAGAACAAAUAUCGAGGGUAUAGAAGGAGACAACAGUUAAGGGAUGGAAAGCCCCCUUCUGUUAAAAGCCAAGAGCUUGCCUCAGAAAAAACAGAAAUAGGAAGACACACUUGCAAUGUAUAUUCCUAUUCAAUGAACCAGAGGGGAAGUUUUAAUGUCAAGGCCAAGGAUGAGAAGGAUUUAAAGGCAAUUUCAGAGAAAGAAGCCUAUGACUUGGCUAUUUUUUCAAAGCAGAUAUCAAGGUUAUCAGAAGACUAUUUCAUUCUGCAGAAAAAACUGAAUGAAAUUAUUUUGUUGCACCACCUGAAGCCUGUUUACCUUCAUGUUCAUCCACCAAUCAAGCCAAUUAAUAGACGAGUUCCUUCUCAUCACUGUAUGGCAGGUAUCUCUAAAGAAGAGCCAAAAUUAUUGAGACCUCCAAGAAGACCAUCAAAACCCAAAACAUUAAAUAAUCCUGAAGACUCUACGUAUUACUAUCUGUUACAUAAAUCAAUUCAAGAAGAAAAACGAAGACCAAGGAAAAACAGUCAGGGGAAAGUGCUAGAUUUAGAGGAUUUCUAUUACAAAGGAUUUUCAGCUAGUCGCUCUGGACUGAAAGAACAUAAACAUUACAUGAGAGAAAGAAGACCACGAACAGAACUCCAGAACUCAUGUUUUAAGGCUGAUGAAAGUUGUUGGGCUAUGGCAAACUCAGGAGAAGUCCCUGGAGAUAAUCCUUAUGACUACAGGAAACUGCUCCGGAAAACCUCCCAGCGCCGUCGACUAGUCCAGCAGUUUUAGCCAUUUCCAGGGCUUGUUGCUGCUAUCACCUUUUGUCUUCCCUAGCCUAGACAAGGCAUAUUUCCUUGCUUGUUUGGGGCUGCCUUCCUUCCUGCUUUAUAACCAGAGUUCCCAGAAAUGGCAGAUUUGGGGAGCCCUGCCCCUUAAUAUAGGGAAGAUAUCCACCCAGGGGCACAGAAAGACAGCCAGAAAGGACAAACUCACAGUUGUGAGAAUCAGGAGAUGCUACACCCUCUGGACCAUGAGAAAAUGUGAGACAUAUCUGACCAGGAACAUUCUCUUCCAUUGUCCACUGCCAGUCUCUCCCAUCAGCUGCAUGUCAAUGGCUUUUAGUUUUCUUGAUUGUCACAAGGUAUCAGGAGACCGACAGGGAGGGCAUUUCUUUGGGAAACCUUUAUCCCAACAAGAGCAGUUGGUAAAUGCACUCUUCUCUACCUUCAAUUGAAAACUGCUUGUCUUAAUAUUUCCCAAAAAAAUUUUUUUUUAUUUUUAAAAAAUAAUUCACUUAACUUGUAAAUUAGGCUCAUGUUUGCUGUGAGGAUGACUCCCUAGCCAAAACUGAACUGAAGACCAAGACAGCAUGACCAUCACCUUUUCCCUACCACUAUUCAAAGGUCGAGUGUCUAGAGAGAUAUUUCCUCUCCCAGAAUUCUGUCCUUCUAAGGCCAUUGAACUGGUUGCUGGGCAUUAUCCUUUAACUGGCUAAGUCUCCAGCAAAGUUUGAGUGCUUCAGAUGAUGUAAACCUAUUUUUCCACCACCUUUGUUAUUAAAAUUACAAAACAAAUGAAGAAACCUUUGGGAAAUAUUUUCUCUGGUGGCUGCUCAAGAAUUUAACUUCGAUGACUGGAAAAGGUGGGUACAUGCUCCCCUAUAUCUGAAGUGAAGGUAAAAUAGAACUGCAGCUGGUGAAUAUCAAUGGAGCAGUCUUUUUUGAUUAAGAAUACUUUGGGUUUCUGGAAACGUGUUUCUCCUUAUUUAGACUCCCAGUUCUAGGUUUCGUUCUUAAACAUUCUAUGGGCUCCAGGUCUCUUUAUAUCUUGUUAAAAAAUUUUCUGUUAAAUGUAUCUGUUUAAUGAAAUUCCAGGUAGCAGGUAGGGGCAAGGAGCUCAGAUUUAAAUUGGCUUAUUAAGUCAUAUUCUAGAAGGUGACAGACAACAAUGCCCCCUAGUAGAUGUUGCUAUCCAUAAGUAGCUCUGGGCUCAUCUGGCUGCCUUUCCAGCACACUUCUCACUCUUUUACAUCUACCUACAGAGAACAGAACUGGAGCUGGUUGUUAGACAUUCCAUGCAGGAUGGUUAAAAAAAAUGGGGAGAAAAAGGAGGAUUG